AUGCUCUUGUGCACGCUCCUCACCAUCUUUUCCGCCAUCUGCUCUGCCUAUGCAAAGCAUGUCACUUGCUCCUGGCGACCUUUCACGAAGCCUCCUUGGUACUCCUCUUUCUUCUUGUACUGCAUCGCCGACCUACACGACAUUGGCUCAGGCCAGGCAGAGUACCACUGCAACGACGGCACUUAUCUGAAGAUCGCUGACUUUGGCAAGCUCAGGCCGGGCGUUCUUGAAUGGGGAACGCCUUGCGGAGGUGGUGGCUGGGCAUUUGGAGGCAAGGGAGGCGUGUGCAUUGCUGACAUAUGGGGGCUCUGCCUAGGAGACACGUGUAAUGGCUCGUGCUUCUACAUGAAGUCCUUCGACGAUUGCGAGUGGCCAGCUCUGUUCAACAUCUCAAGCGCCCCAAAGAGCGUAGAGCUCUGGUACUACAAUGGCUGGGGCUUCUGA